CAUUCCACUAUUCAAGUAAUCCCAGAAAGUCAGCACAACUGAAAUUGAUUAACCAUAUAAUACUCCCUCCGUCUCUUAAAUAAAUUGCAGAAAUGCAAUGCAAUAGACGAAGGACCAAAAUUGAUCCAUCGUCAUUUAGGGCUGUUGAAUUUAAGCUACACUUAUUCAGGAAACUAAAGAUAUCAUGGGCUAAACGGAACUACACAUAGAAAAGAAAGCAACCACCCUCUGAAACUAAUCACCUCUUCUAUGUGUUCCAGAAAAGCCUCAACCUGUGUGAGGAAAAUGAGAGAAACUCGUUUUCUUUUCUUUUCCAUUCAAAUUCCUUGAACCAAACAUACAUAUGAAACCAUGGAAAUAUUUGGAAUGUAAUUCCAAAAAAAAUGCAGUUCAAGAACAUGCAGAGAGUGGGGAAAACAAUGACACCGCCAAUCCGCCAUGGCUGCAAUUGCACCAAAUCAGGGUUUGUCGGUGUGCUGCCACGCCAAGAAACGGGUCGGGUCACCCCUAAAUGCCGGUCAACUCGCUCGCAAGAAAUAAAAUGUCAUCACCGCUGCUUCGGCGCCCCCCACCGCCACCGCCACCUCCGGCAACGACCCGAAUAAGUCUGAAAAGUUUGUACGUACGGAGUAAUUUGUUGAUCUCGAGGGUUGUUGAUCCCAAAUUCGAAGGGGACGUGUCCCCCGCCUAGCGUAGAGAUUGAGGCAACCGCCCUCGUAUGAAACCUAAAUCUCAGAUCUGCUCUUCGUCAUUCUUACUUCUUCCCUGUUCUCUUUUAUAGUGCCCGAACUAGGGGUGGACACGGAAAAAAAAGAAAUAAAAAAUCUAAAAAUGUAGUUGUUAUUUAAAUAUUGAAAAUGAGUAAUACACUAACUGAAGAACAACCACAUUUAAUAUCCUGACGGUUCAAAAAAAGCGACGAGGUAAAGAACCGUAAAGAAACCCUCGAAGGAGCUUAUAUAUCGCUCACCUAAAAAAAUUAAUUACAUAUUUACAUUAACAUAAAAAAAAUUUAUAACUUAUUCUUCAAAACUCGAACUUCCAUCUGUGGUUGCAUUCAUGUAAUGCUCCGAUUCGAGUUGGUACGAUGACUCUUGAGCCCGACGUCUUGCCAAGAGCCAAUCUUGGUUGCAAACCAGUGUUUCAAGAGAUUCAGCGUUAAGACAACUUCGGUAGUCGGUUAGAAUGUUGCCGCCAGCACUGAAUUCUCGUUCAACUGCUACGGUUGA